AUGGGUAGCAAUACGAGUUAUACGGACUACCCUGCUGAGGCCCGCACAGGCAGAGAAAAUCAAGUUUAUGACGACUCAAACAUUCGUCAGGUUGCUGGUUGCAUUGCCAUCGAUCCCAACACCAACAAAGUUUUGAUCAUUUCGAGUAGCAAGCGUGAAAAUGUCUGGGUUCUCCCCAAGGGAGGAUGGGAGGAUGAUGAAACAAAAGAACAAGCUGCUGCCCGUGAGACAUACGAAGAAGCUGGUGUCAGAGGUCAGAUUGGCAAUUUGGUUGGCAGCUUUAUUGACUACAACUACUAUGGCGAGCCUAAAUCUAAUGUUUGGUUCUACGAAUUAAAAGUAGAAGAGAUUUGUAGUCAAUGGCCUGAAAGCAGCUUUCGUCAGCGUAAAUGGGUAAGGAUAACACACCUUCAUUCUUCUAUAAAUAUGCCAUUAACACACUGGUGUCUCUCUUUUUAG